AUGGUAGGUAAUAAAUAUUACAAAAUCGAUGCUUUGCAUAGAUUGUCUUGGUCAUUGGAUCAUACUUUAAGAGGAGGGAAAAAGAUAAAUGCAUUAUAUUACUUCUAUGACUAUGCGUUCAUACUAUUCACAAACCAGCCGACUCGGACAAAUUCCUACCAAGAUUUAGUCAAAAGAAAACAAAUCAUCGAACAACCUACCGAAGAAGACAUGAUCGAGGAGCAGAUAGUCGAUAAGCCUGCGGUUGAAGAUCAAACUGAGAAGCAAACUGAGGAGCAAAAGGAAGAGCAAAACGAGGAGCAAAACUAG